GUUCAGGAGUGAAAGAAGUGAUGCUUGUUGACAACUAUUAUUUAACACCUUCAAAUUCAACAACGUCAAACAACGCCACACAAUGUCUCCUCCACGCGACCCAACAUCCGACUCCGAAGAUGAUGACCCAGACUACGCGCCUCCCGAGCAUCAAGACUCAGAUAGUUCUGGAGAUGAAGAAGGAAACGAUGAGACUAAUGUGACGAAUGAAGUGAAAGAGGAAGAUCUAGCCGAGAAGAAAAAGGCGCGCGAUGCUCUAUGGGCUAGUUUCCAAGCGUCUAUCGCCACGCCACCGCCUCCGAAGGUCGAGGAAGCGCCAAAGAAGCUCGUGAAGAUAGAGAAACGCUACCUUUUCGCAGGGAAGAAUAUAGUAGAAGUGGUUGAAGUUUUUGAGGACUCGGAAGACGCGAAAAAGUGGCCACGGUGGGAUCCCUCAGACUCGGCGUCGUCUGCUGCUGCGGCACCAGCCCAGGAUUCUUCGUCUUCAACUAGCGAUAUGAAUGCAUCAGCAUCGAGUUCAGCAGCUUCCAUGAAGCCUGCAGCACAGAAGUCUACCCUAAGAAAACCCCCAGGUCCUCGCAAGCCUCGCACGUCGUUGGCGGACAUACCAACUCAGAAGGCCAAGAAGAUUACUACUCUUGACAAAUCUGCAAUGGACUGGCGCACACAUGUCACGUCGAGCGACGUUAAGGACGAGCUUGAUGCUAACCGGCGCGGAGGUGGCUACUUGGAAAAGAUGGAUUUUUUGAAACGAGUCGAGGACAGGAGAGAGGAUGCGUAUGAAGCGAGCAAGUCUAACAAAAGGCGAAGGACAUGAGACGUGAGGACAAGUCGUUAUUGCAGUCGA